AUGAUACUCAAAAGCUUGUGGACAAUAAGUGUGCUCUAUAUGACAAGCUGGCAUCCGGCAGCCACAUACCAAGGACUUGAAUCGGCGUCGUAUAUGAGAAGCUCCAACAUGUUUCAACAACAUGAAAUUCAUACAUCGAAUCGGCCAUCUCCUGAAGAAUAUAACUGGCUUCGCGACAAAUUUUACCGCUGCGAAGAGUCCAAAUCCUUUGGAGCUGAUGUAGAGCUGACUUCACGGGAGGUGGAAGCCAACAAAAAGAUUAUGACCCUUAAGACCAAGGAGUAUGAAAACGGAAUGAUUACUCCUCGUUUGUUUACCCCGUCCCAACAUUUUUUCAAGGUACUAGAUGAUAUCAGGCAAUCGCCGCUCUUUAAAUUAAUUUCGAAGAUGCCAAAAGGUGGAGUGCUGCACGCUCAUGAUACGGCUUUGUGCAGCACCGAUUUUCUUGUGAAGCUUACAUAUCGUGACAACCUAUGGGGUUGCUCCGAUAAUACCACGAAAACAAUAUCCGCUUUGAGGUUUGCAAAGGUAAAGCCAGAUAAGAGCGAUGCGGAUGCUAAUUGUACUUGGAAUCUGAUGUCAAAACUCCGAGUAGUCAAUGGCACAGAGCACGUCGACCAAUACCUUAGGGAUCAUCUGACAAUGUAUCCUGUGGAAAAAUUCCCAGAUAACAAUGAAGCAUGGAACCGAUUUAUGAGUAUUUUUCGCCUCUUAGCUGGUCUUCUGUUCUACGUUCCGGUAUGGGCCGAUUACUAUUACAAUGCCCUAGAGGAGUUUUAUGUCGACGGUGUCCAAUAUUUGGAAUUUCGUUCCACUUUGCCGUCGUUAUAUGACUUGGAUGGCAACGUAUAUCCUGAAAUCUAUACGGUCAGUGUUUACAAAGAAACUUUGGACACAUUUAUGGCGGCAAACCCAAAUUUCAUUGGAUCAAAAUUAAUUUAUGCCCCAACACGUAACAUAAAUGACGAAGGUAUGGAGCAUUUUAUUAAGACCUGCAUCGAAAUUAAGGCAAAGUUUCCCGACUUUUUGGCGGGUUUUGAUUUGGUGGGUCAAGAGGAACCCGGUCGACCGCUCAAAGAUUUCAUUCCUCAACUGCUAAAUAUCCCCGAUAAUAUUGAUUUCUUUUUCCAUGCCGGCGAAACGAACUGGUAUGGCUCUGACGUCGAUGAAAACCUUAUUGAUGCCGUCCUACUGGGAAGCAAACGUAUUGGACAUGGAUUUGCUUUGGUUAAACACCCAUUGGUGCUGCAAAUGAUAAAGGAGCGAAACAUUGCCGUUGAGGUGAAUCCCAUAUCAAACCAGGUGCUUCAACUUGUAUCGGACUUCCGCAAUCAUCCAUGUACACAUUUGUUCGCCGACAAUUAUCCAGUAGUCAUUUCUUCAGAUGACCCAUCAUUUUGGAAGGCGACUCCAUUGUCUCAUGAUUUCUAUAUUGCCUUCCUGGGCAUUGCAUCCGCCCACUCCGACUUGAGACUCCUCAAGAAAUUGGCAAUGAACUCGAUUAACUACAGUUCCCUUUCACCGGAGCAGAAAAUCGUAGCUCUGCAGAAGUGGCAAGCUCAGUGGGAUGUAUUUAUUGCUGAUAUCGUCAUUGGUGACAAUGACAACAAGAACUACAACACACAAAUAAGAUU